GCUCAUAUAUCAUCAGCAAACCUGGAGCUUCAGACGGGAGGCAGGAGAGAGAAGGAUCUUGGGCCACCAGGAAGCCCUGAGACUUAGGGUGCUGCAGCCCAGUGACCUCUGGCCCCUGCACUGUUGACUCAGCCCCUCCACACUUCCCUUUUCUACCCUUUUCUGCCUGACGCACCAGGCCUGUGCGUGUCUUCUGCUCCCCUGCCUGGUAACUGCUAGUGGGGCUGGAGCUGUGAAUCAGGACUGGUUUCCUAAGGUCCAGGCUGAGGGCUCCCCACUGAGUUGUAAUUCUCUGUCCCCAGCCCUGGUCCUCACACUUGGGGCUUAUACCCCCAGCCUUAGCAAUCUGGAUCCUGCUCUUUGGUUUCUGAGAGGCUGGGAGACCUUGGAGGGAGUGGUCUUGUCAGCUUCUAUUCCUGCUCUGCGUCCUCCAAGAGUAGGGGGAAAAUCCAGAGAUCUGAGGUGACAACUGAGGAAGGUCCUAGAAUAGGUGGGAAGAAUGAUAUCCCCAUCUUUUCACCUUCUCAGGCUUUUUGGGAAGUGCAGGAGCUUGCAGGAGGGACAGAUAAGAGGUCAGGGAGAAUGGCUUGACUUGCAGAGGCCAGAGGAAGAGGGCGAAACAGAAGAGAAAGCAGAGGAAGGGCAGUUUGCGUCAUCUCUACGGAGACAAAGCUGGAGGAUGGAGGGUCCAUGUCAGAAAGGACUUCCUAGGAUGGCAGAGACCAAUUGGGUGAGGAACAGUAGAGGGAGCUAUCCUAGGUUUUGUCUCUGGAGGGUUAUCUGAAAGGGAUAAAAGUGAGACUGCAGGAGAGAUUUUCUGCUGGGAGCAACCGAGAUGGCUGGCUAAGAUUCCUUACUUAAAGAUCCCAGAGAGGAGGAGUGACCCCAAGCUAGCUUCCCUUCCCCCGGAGGUUAGAUGGGCCAUGCUGCCGCCCAGGGAGAGAGGCCCUGUGUGCCUUGGCUGAGUGUUGGUGGAAGAGUUAGAGGUUUGGGAUCAUGACCUCUGGGUUGGGGGUAACAGUGGAGACAUUCUGGCCCCUUCAGCCAAUCUAAUAAGGGGAUCUCCUGCCCCCCCCCCACUGUGACUGCCACAGAGACAGCGGCUCUAACACCCGUUGUCAUGGUUAUAAGAGGAGCUAACUCCCAUAGAUUGGAAAGCGCUGGUGAGCUGGCACCCUCUGCUUCUCUCUCCCCUCCUCUCUGCGCAUCUUCCCCCGGCACAGAGAAGAGAGUACAGCAGCUCGGGGGCGAGCAGAGCUGGGGCUGGGAGGUGGAGUGAGGACGCGGAGACCUAGAGCCAGAGAGAUGAGCGGCAACAGGAGGCAGCCCAGCCGCAGGGGCCAGACCCGGGAAAAGGAGAAGAUGAGGGAAGCCAAGGAUGCCCGCUAUACCAACGGGCACCUCUUCACCACCAUCUCAGUUUCAGGCAUGACCAUGUGCUAUGCCUGCAACAAGAGCAUCACAGCCAAGGAAGCCCUCAUCUGCCCAACCUGCAAUGUGACUAUCCACAACCGCUGUAAAGACACCCUCGCCAACUGUACCAAGGUCAAGCAGAAGCAACAGAAAGCCGCUCUGCUGAAGAACAACACUGCCUUACAGUCUGUUUCUCUUCGAAGUAAGACCACCAUCCGGGAGCGGCCCAGCUCUGCCAUCUACCCCUCCGACAGCUUCCGGCAGUCCCUCCUUGGCUCCCGCCGUGGCCGCUCCUCCCUGUCUUUAGCCAAGAGUGUUUCUACCACCAAUAUUGCUGGACAUUUCAACGAUGAGUCUCCCCUGGGGCUGCGCCGGAUCCUCUCACAGUCCACAGACUCCCUCAACAUGCGGAACCGAACCCUGUCUGUGGAGUCCCUCAUUGAUGAGGGUGCAGAGGUGAUCUAUAAUGAGCUGAUGAGUGACUUUGAGAUGGAUGAGAAGGACUUUGCAGCUGACUCCUGGAGCCUUGCUGUGGAUGGUAGCUUCCUACAGCAGCAUAAAAAGGAGGUGAUGAAACAGCAGGAUGUCAUCUAUGAGCUAAUCCAGACAGAACUGCACCACGUGAGGACACUGAAGAUCAUGACCCGCCUCUUCCGCACGGGGAUGCUGGAAGAGCUACAGUUGGAGCCGGGAGUGGUCCAGGGCCUUUUCCCCUGUGUGGAUGAGCUCAGUGACAUCCAUACACGCUUCCUCAGCCAGCUGUUAGACCGCCGACGCCAGGCCCUGUGCCCUGGCAGUACCCGGAACUUUGUCAUCCAUCGCUUGGGUGACCUGCUUAUCAGCCAGUUCUCAGGUCCCAGCGCAGAGCAGAUGCGGAAGACCUACUCGGAGUUCUGCAGCCGCCACACCAAGGCCUUAAAGCUCUAUAAGGAGCUGUAUGCCCGAGACAAACGCUUCCAACAAUUCAUCCGGAAAGUGACCCGCUCAGCUGUGCUGAAGCGGCAUGGGGUACAGGAGUGCAUCCUGCUGGUGACCCAACGCAUCACCAAGUACCCGGUGCUCAUCAGCCGCAUCCUGCAGCAUUCCCAUGGGAUCGAGGAGGAGCGCCAAGACCUGACAACAGCACUGGGGCUAGUGAAGGAGUUGCUGUCCAAUGUGGACCAGGACGUGCACGAACUGGAGAAAGGGGCCCGUCUGCAGGAGAUCUACAACCGCAUGGACCCUCGGGCCCAGACCCCAGUGCCUGGCAAGGGCCCCUUUGGCCGAGAGGAACUUCUGCGGCGCAAGCUCAUUCAUGACGGCUGCCUGCUGUGGAAGACAGCAGCUGGGCGCUUCAAAGAUGUGCUAAUGCUGCUGAUGACAGAUGUGCUGGUAUUUCUCCAGGAGAAGGACCAGAAGUACAUCUUUCCUACCCUGGACAAGCCCUCAGUGGUAUCACUGCAGAAUUUAAUCGUGCGGGACAUCGCUAACCAGGAAAAGGGGAUGUUUCUGAUCAGCGCGGCCCCGCCCGAGAUGUAUGAGGUGCACACAGCCUCCCGGGAUGACCGGAGCACGUGGAUCCGCGUCAUUCAGCGUAGUGUAUGCGUAUGCCCAUCCAGGGAGGACUUCCCCCUGAUUGAGACAGAGGAUGAGGCUUACCUGCGGCGAAUCAAGAUGGAGUUGCAACAGAAGGACCGGGCACUGGUGGAGCUGCUGCAAGAGAAGGUCGGGCUGUUUGCUGAGAUGACCCAUUUCCAGGCGGAAGAGGAUGGCAGCAGUGGAAUGUCCCUGCCCAACCUGCCCCGGGGCCUUUUCCGCUCAGAGUCCCUUGAGUCCCCUCGUGGCGAGCGGCUGCUGCAGGAUGCCAUCCGUGAGGUGGAGGGCCUGAAAGACCUGCUGGUGGGGCCUGGGGUGGAAUUGCUCUUGAUGCCCCGAGAACCAACCUUGCCCUUGGAACCAGACAGCGGUGGUAACACGAGUCCUGGGGUCACUGCCAAUGGUGAGACCAGAACCUUCAAUGGCUCCAUUGAGCUCUGCAGAGCUGACUCAGACUCCAGCCAGAAGGAUCGAAAUGGAAAUCAGCUGAGAUCUCCCCAGGAGGAGGCGUUACAGCGAUUGGUCAAUCUCUAUGGACUUCUACAUGGCCUACAGGCGGCUGUGGCCCAACAGGACACCUUGAUGGAAGCCCGGUUCCCUGAGGGCCCUGAGCGGAGAGAGAAGCUGUCCCGAGCCAACUCUCGGGAUGGGGAGGCUGGCAGGGCUGGGGCUGCCCCCACAGCUCCUGAAAAGCAGGCCACAGAACUGGCAUUACUGCAGCGGCAACACGCACUGCUGCAGGAGGAAUUGCGACGCUGCCGGCGGCUAGGCGAAGAACGAGCAACCGAGGCUGGCAGCCUGGAAGCCCGGCUCCGGGAGAGCGAGCAGGCCCGGGCUCUGCUGGAGCGGGAAGCUGAAGAGGCUCGCAGGCAACUGGCCGCCUUGGGCCAGACUGAGCCACUCCCAGCCGAGGCCCCCUGGGCCCGUAGGCCUCUGGACCCUCGGCGGCGCAGCCUCCCUGCGGGCGAUGCCCUGUACUUGAGUUUCAACCCCCCACAGCCCAGCCGAGGCCCUGACCGCCUGGAUCUGCCUGUGACUGUUCGCUCCAUCCAUCGACCCUUUGAGGAUCGAGAGAGGCAGGAACUGGGUAGCCCCGAGGAACGGCUGCAAGACAGCAGUGACCCUGACACUGGCAGCGAGGAGGAAGGUAGCAGCCGUCUGUCUCCGCCCCACAGUCCACGAGGUGAGACCCUGGCGGAGACAUGGACUAGAGACUUCACCCGAAUGCAGGACAUCCCGGAGGAGACGGAGAGCCGCGACGGGGAGCCAAUAGCCUCAGAGAGCUAAGGGGGCCCCUCCCCCUGCCCUGUGCCCCACUGAAGAACAUUACUGAGGGGGGCAAACCUUGGGGACUCCAAUUUGCCAAUGAUGAGGGAACAUUUGAAAGAACUGCUGAUUGUUCUUGCCAGCUCUUGGGAUCCUUGGAUACCUGGGGCCAUUUAAGAAGCUGGGGGAAUUAGGUCACAAUACCCCCAGGUGGCAUCCAAAGCUCCACCACAGAUGCCAGUUUUUCAUGCCUUCUUCCCUCUACUUUAGGAAAAUUUAUUUAUUUAUUGUUUAUUAGUUAUGGGGGAGAGGGGGGAUUUAAAGGACCAGGGACAUGGGAACCAAGCCAUAGGGAUCAGGGGGCCUUGUCCUUUAACACUACUGGGGUAUAUUCAGGCUUAACCAUGCAGCUGCUGGGUUCUAGCCCUAACGCCCCUCCCCAGCAACCCCCAUCUUUGAGGAGAGGCUGCAGCCACAGGACCCUACUGCCCUUUAAGGAGGGCUGUGGGCAGGGCCAUGUCCCUCUGCCCUGUCCCCUCCACCUCUUACCACUGUCCUCCCUUCUCUGUCCUCCAUGGGAGCCCUAGGGCAAUAACCUGGCUUCCUAGAGUUGACGGAAUAGAAGUUGGGGUGCCAUAAUGGUUUGUAAGGGGUGAGGGGAAAAAAAUCUACAGGGACCAGAAUGUUUUGUUGUUGUUUUCUUUUCUUUUUUGUACCAAAGCCAGCUGCACGUGUUUUAUAUUUUUAAGAGAGGAUUGUAGGCAAUUAGAGAUCGCAGCCUUCGACUUCCACAUCUCUGAACAAGUUGAGGGUGGGGGAGAAAACGACUUCUCCCUUCAUCAACAGUAAUGGAGGACCUAUACUGACCUCUUCCCCAGCCAUUUGCAAAAACGUUCUAGGGUCGGCUGGGAAAUCUCUAGGAACCCUGACCUCGCCUUCCACCUCAGCAACCAUGACCUGAAACCUCAGUGUGAAUUUUGGGGAUUUUUCAAUGGACCGCCCCAUGCCCACCAGCCUCGGCCAUUUUUCUGCCAAUUUGGUGUUAAAAAACAAAACAAAGCAAAAAAAAGAUCAAGCAGGAAAAAUUAAAGACCUGGAACCCCA